AUGGACCGCGCCAGAAAACAAGAGCUGCGCUCACUCAACGAGAGGGCUUGGUCCGGCGACAACGGUCUAUCUCCCGUCGGCGGCGCACUCGACUCGUCCCUCAAGAAGAACACGGCUUUCAUCAAACGACUGCGAACGGCAGUCACCUCCGCAACCCUCGGUACCUUUCUGCAAGACAUCCGCACCUUGAGCUUGCAUAAAUACCUCUCAGAAAUUGUCUCCGCCUGCUACGAGGGUCUCUGCAAACUCAAGUCGCCAGGGGAGAUUGAGGCUGGCGUCGAGAUCGUAAGCGCCCUCCACCAACGCUUCGGUCCGGCUGAGUUCACCGAAUAUCUCGCCUGGCUACUCGGCAAGGGAAUGGCCACGCCCGACAAAAGCUUUCUCAAGACUCUGGCCCCAGAAGCCCGCGAAAAGGAAGAAAAGGAGCGAAUCACCCGUCAGAGAUCUCUUUUGCGCGUCAUUACCGAACUCUGGCUGGUUGGCGUCCUCCGAACUCUGGAUGACGCGACCAAGCCCGACGAUGCGACAAAGGGCGCUACCAGCAAGACCGCCGAACUCAAAGUUCUCAAGGAUCUGCUGGGGCAUGACCGGGAGCAUGCCAAUCUGCCCUUGCUAGUCGUGUUCGUCAAAGCUUUCAGCUGGGAUAUUCUUGAAGCCGAGGAUGCCCUCGAGUCAUCUAUAUCAGAACACCCCUUCACGCCACAAGAUGUAGCCGAGCGCUUCCGAAGCGUGCUGCAACGAUACUUUGAUGACGUGACGGCACAUUUGAUCCGAGACCAAAAGUCUAUUCAGUCCCAGGCUCGCAGGAACGCCGAAGCCUACGUCAAAUCUGGCGAGGUUUUUGAGGACCGCCAAGCAAACUACGAGAGACUGGUCAAGGCCCAGGAUAGGAUGGUCUCCAACGCUCAAGUCAUUGCCGAUGUCAUCGGUGCCGACAUGCCAGAAUUGAAGGAUUCCGAUGACCCGCUGGCGACAUCGAGCGGUUCGAUUGGUCUUGUAAAGACGAGCGACUACUUGCGAUCGAUGGGCGAAGGCCCAGGAAUCUGGGCAGACGAGGACGAGCGACGUUUCUACGAGAACCUGGUGGACCUGAAAGGCAAGGUCCCCCCGAUUCUCCUCGAAGAUGGGCGGAAGAAGAAGACGGAUGCGGAUGAGCAGGUCGGGAAAAGGGUCGAAGCCCCUGAGACCGCAGAAAACAACAAGGCAACUGAAGCCGCAGAUGAACAGUCCAUGGCUAUUGCAAAUAAGACAAUCGGGGCUCAGGUUGAUGCAUUGCUGGCGCGUCUACCCGAGCUCUCCAACAAAGAAGUCAUUGACCAAACCGCCGUCGACUUUUGCUUUCUCAACUCCAAAGCUUCCCGCAAUCGCCUGGUCAAGGCCUUGACCGAGGUCCCCAAGGGCCGAAGCGACUUGCUCCCUUCAUGGUCACGACUCGUUGCCACACUUGGUCGAUACAUGCCCGACGUCCCCAAGGGGCUCGUGGACUAUCUCGAUGCCGAAUUCCGUAGCUUGCAGCGGCGCAAGGAAAAGGACUUCCUUGGCCAAGUACGGCUCAGCAACAUUCGAUAUCUUGCAGAGCUGACCAAGUUUGGCGUUGUCCCGGAGCACGUCGUGUUCCACUGCCUCAAAGUCAGUCUCGACGAAUUUUCCCGGAUGAACAUUGAGAUCCUCUGCAACUUGAUCGAGAACUGCGGUCGAUACUUGCUCAAGAACCCAGACACCGCUCCGCGCAUGGCCAGCUUCUUGGAGACUCUUCAGCGGAAAAAAUCGGUGCAGCACAUCGGCCAGCCCGAAAGGAUGCUCAUCGACAACGCUGUCUACUACGUGGACCCGCCCGAGAGACCCGCAAUCGAGCAAAAGGAGCGCACGCCAAUGGAACUCUUUAUUCGAAAACUGGUCUACGGUGACCUGACCAAAAGGAACUACAGCAAGAUUUUGAAGCAGAUUCGAAGGUUUCAUUGGGAGGAAACAGACGUCGUUGCUAUCUUGGAAAAAGUCUUUUCCAAGCCAGGGAAAGUCAAGUACGGAAACAUUCAUCUUCUGGGGAUUCUUUUGAGCGCCCUGCACCGCCAUCACCCGGACUUUGUCGUCAAGGUCAUCGACAGCGUCAUCGAGUCUGUGAGCUUUGGCCUGGAGCAGAAUGAUUUCCGCUUCUUCCAACGUCGCAUCGCAGAAGUGAAAUACCUGGGAGAGCUUUACAAUUACCGGAUGCUAGAGCAUCCCGUGAUAUUCGACACAAUGUACAAGAUUAUGACAUUUGGAUACGGUGGUCCGCCUGUCCCUGGGCGGUUAAACCCUUUCGACCCGCCGGACGACUUCUUCCGAAUUCGUCUCAUCGCCACGAUCCUGGAGACGUGUGGGAUGUUCUUCAACCGAGGAGCUGCAGGAAAGAAGCUGGACUCUUUUCUGUCAUUUUUUCAGUACUAUGUCCAUACCAAGGCGUCUCUUCCAAUGGAAAUGGAAUUCGUCGUGCAAGACAUCCUCGCGGUUACUCGACCGCAGUGGAAGCUCGCUGCCAGCUUAGAGGAGGCGACGAAAGCUUUCCAGCUCGCUAUUGCCCAGGACCAAAAAACAGCCGGGGCCGACAAAGCCAUUGAGCCAGACGAGGCGACGAGCGGUAUGUCAUCCGACGACGAAAAUGGAGACGUGGACGACGUCGAACCGUACGGUGAUGGCGAAGACGAAAGCGUCUCGGACGAAGACGAAGUCGAGCAAGAAGAUGAAGACGAUUCUGCGCACGAGAGUGAUUUCAACGAAGAAGCAAUCAUCGUCACUCGACAAGAGGAGGCGAUUGAUCCUCAGGACGAGGCGGAGUUUGAGCGGGAGUACGCCAGGAUGAUGGCCGAGAGCCUCGAGUCCCGCAAGUUCGAACGCAAGCAGCUAUUUGACGUGCCACUACCCGUGCGGCCCAAGAAUCGCGAUCUAGCCACGUCGACGUCGCAGGGCGAGGAGGGUGCUCCCCCGGGCAACACCAUGGCCUUUUCGCUUUUGACAAAGAGGGGCAAUCGUCAGCAGACACGAACGGUGGAGCUGCCGUCAGACUCAACAUUUGCGAUUGCCAUGAAAUCCCAACAACAGGCAGAGAAGGAAGAACAGCAGCGCAUCAAGAAUCUUGUCCUUAACUAUGAUCUGCAACAAAGCGAAGACCAAGAAGGCAAUGAUCGACUGCCGACGUUCCAUCAGAACCGGACCGAGAAACCGAGUAAGGAUCGGGGACAAAGAGUCCGGAAGCUGCAGCUAAGCGACGUCGAUUGGUGA